UCGGCCCCGUCGUCGACAUCGGGCUUUGGGAUCCGCAAGUACUUCCGGCGAGCUGCGUCGCAGUCGCCGCCGCCCUCCGCCAGCGCCAAGCGUCCAGUCGAGCCGCAAGCCGACCCCAGUCAGCUCAAAGAGGUGAAGGAGCCUGAGCCGCAGCACCAGCAGAGACUGAAGCUGAGACCGAUGCAGCGCAGCGCCGUGUUCGGAUCCUGCGCGCAGUCCGUGGGCACCGUGGCCUCGGUGCUCUUCGGAGUGAUCAACCGCAGCGGCCACUUCGACGAGACGGCCAGGGACAGCGUGGUGACCCGCCAGGCCAAGAUCCUGUACGUCUCGCUGCUCGAGAGCGUCCAGAAGGAGCGCGGUGAAUGGCAGGGCUUCUCAGCCUCGCCCUCCGACCCAAACAACGAUAACAACGGGCCGGAGGACACCGACGUACAGAGUCCUCGCGACCUCCUCACGUCGAGCAUCGGCAUGAAGUCGACUGCGGAGCAGCUCGGCAUCCUCAAUGAGCUGCUGGAAGUGAGCUUCCGCAACCUCAUGGGCCCGUUAGUGCCCUUGGAGCUGUACACCAGGCACCGGAAGGUCCUGCUGCGUGAGAGUCUGGCCGUCCCGCCAGCACUCACGACGCUGCUUGCCAUCCGCGGGGUCUUGGACCGUCUUGAACGCGAAGUGCGACACUGCCUGCUGCGCUUGCUAGCGCUCUGGGACCUCAUUGCACUCGUCAGCGGGGAAGCGCAACCGCUGCGCAAAACGAUCGCCGACAAGCACCACCACGUGUUCAGCGAGUCUUCCGAGUUCGAAAGCAUGUUCAUUUUAACGAAGCAGGAGCUGCAAAUUAGUUCAAGGCUGAUCGAAGACGUUCGAGCUAGUGCCUGGCCGCCUACUUCGGAGCCUGCGAUUCCGUCGGAGGAGGAGGAAGACGACAGAUUCUCCAGUGAUGGCGAUAUCAGUAGCAGUAUCAGCGAUGAAAACCAGGUGCUACACGACGGCGACGAUGCUUGGGGCAUGGAAACUCCAGCGGAACCACUGCGCCCACGCCCAUCUUCAUCCGUGCCGAGCGUACCCGAAGAUGGACAUCAACAGAACGGAUACCACGAAGACGGCGAGGACGAGGAAGCUGGCUGGUCGAUUCCGUCACCGACACGGUACAACAGUUACCGUCACCCCCAAGACCGGAAGGCGCAACGGUCUCGAAGCAUGGCAUCUCCCCCCGUGUCGGGAGGAGCGGGUCCGUUGGUCCCAGUUCCCAUGAUCCCAACCAGCAGCGAGGGCAUCCACUUGCUGAGCCUAGAGCCCAGGCCGAUUGAGCGGAUCCCCAGUGGGCGUCGCCACUCUCAGCGAUCUCUCUCGACCAACCCGGACUCUCCAACACACAGCGCGAUAAGCCAGGCAAGCUCCAGCACCAGAUCAUCGUCACGAAAACUGAAGUUGCGGACCAAGCAGCGCAGCGCAUCAUCUAUCAACGGCAGAAUUGAUCGUCAGCGACAGGAGAACCUUCGGCAAGACACGGCCAGUAGCGAAUCACGCUCGCCCCCACCACCGUCUCGCUCCAUGGUGCGCCGAAGCGCCAGCAAGCGUCUGCGCGGCAACAAAGCCCCGUCAAUCCGCCGGCGACGAGCGUCCACUCAGUCAGCGGACCUAGCCACGCAAGACAAGGCUCACCGCUCCACAAAAAAGGAAACCCAGGCGAAGCCCGCUGGAGACCCAAGCUUCUUGUCGCUGGCGGUAUCCUAUCUCACGAUCCCCGUGGCUGCUGUAACCCUGUGCGUUAUCGCAACCAUGGCUACCUUGGCGAUCUACGAGACGCGCAAGUCCCCGCGGAAC